AUGGUGGUGCUGGGGCUGUUCCAGAUCGCCUUCAGCACCGUGUGCGUCGUCAGUGGCUUCGUAGAUGGCAUCUUCCGAACGGAGUCUCAGCUGGGCAAAACCAGAGCUCCAAUUUGGGCUGGGAUGGUGAUGGGAGUCCCAGGCAUCCUGGCGCUGUUCUCCUCGCAGAGGAAGAAUCCAGUUCUCGUGAACGUGCUGAUAGUCGCUUCCGUAACCUCGUGUGUUGCCAUCCUCAUCGUCAUAGUGUAUAGCUCCCUCACGCUGAACUACGGCGAAGAGGAGGAGCUGAGUCCUGCCCCCGUCCACGUUAUCCAUACAAAGUUUGUGCUCAAUAAAGUCGUCAAGGGCGCUAACAUAGCCACGCUGGCCGCCUCCGCCUGCAGUGCUGUGGUGGUGCUGGCCAUGGCUUACCUGGGCUGCCGGAGCCUUCCGCGCUGCUCCUGCUACGACAGCGUCACUGGGAUGGAAUGGCUGCAACCCAGUGAGGACCAAAAUCAGGCUGUGGAAAUGGUCUGCGCUGUACAAAGUCCUGGGGACAGAAUUUUUAACUUCCCAGAUCGGUUUCCAGCCCAGGAUGCAGACACAGAGGAAGAUGCGUCCAAACCUCCACCAUAUAUCAGAAUGGCCUGA